AUGAGAUUAGGGUUUGUUUUAUCAAGGGAUUUUCUCAUAAAGCCUUAUAUUGUGCGUCAAGAAUUAUCAUCUUCAAGGGAAUUUCUUAAGGAUUUUAGCCUUACGUUUUCAAGUGGACAUGCGAGUUUAGAGACCUUAGUCAUAAGGGUUUCUUGGAAUGCAACAAAUAAGAUACAAAUGGCAAGUUUAGAAAAGAAGAAACUCGAAGAGCAGGAUUUUUCCCAAUUAAAGAAAGAUAAAGUUCACAAUGAUAUUGAAAAUGUUGCAUUGAAAGAAGAUUUGGAUAUGGCAAAAAUAUCACAUGAAGAACAUGUUUUGCAGUUAGAAUUGCAAGCUUCUGAAUCUAAAGUUGUCAUAAAAUCUGUCAAAGAUGAAAUGAUAAAAGCAAAAAGACGCUACUCAGAGGAAUACAAGUACUUUGGAAUCAAGAUCAAAGGUCUAGCCGAGGCUGCUGAUGAUUAUCAUGUUCUUCUAACAGAAAAUAGGAAACUAUAUAAUGAAGUUCAAGAUUUGAAAGGAAAUAUCAGGGUAUAUUUUCAAAUUAGACCAUUUCUUUCUGGGCAAAGUCAGAAGCAUACAACAGUUGAGUUUAUUGGUGAAAAUGGAGAACUAAUUAUUAGCAAUCCUCUUAAACAAGGAAACAGAAACCAGUAUGAAAAACUUACAAAAAAACAUAAUAGAACUUUCACGAAUUUCCUAACCAAUUCCCAACUACCUAUAACCAACUCUCAUCUUCUAACCAAUUCUCAAUAA